AUGGUCUAUCCUAUGCCCCUGAUCAGCGAUCUGAUGGAAGAUCUUGAUAAGGUACUAUGGUAUUGCUCGCUGGAUAUGGCAAAUGUAUUCUGGGUCGUGCCGAUGCCGGAUCGAUCCCGCGAGAUCUCAGCAUUUAUCACCCCGUUUGGACUAUUCGAAUGGCGUCGCAUGCCUUUUGGCCUAAAAUGCCCCACAGAUCUAUCAACGCCUCGUAAACAACGCACUACUGGGAUCGUGGACGAUCAUGAUCGUGGGUCGUCGUUGGGGCGGAGAUCAUGCAUUGACAACAUCAUAAUCGCAGCGGAAUCGUGGGACCAAAUGUGCCGAAGGGUGGAAGACCUGUUGGAGGUUGAUGAUAAGUGGAAUCUAUCGAUCAGUGUGGCAAAGAGCCUCUGGGGUAUGGAUAAGGAUAUCUGGGACACCGAGUGCGAUCAGAGGACUGGAGGCGAACCCAAAAGAUCUGAAAUCCUUGACCGAUCUGCCAUUUCCUCGGAUCACUUCGUUCCAUGCAGUCGUUCUUGGGUAGUUUUGAAUUACUAA